AUGUACUCCACUUCCCCGUCUUCAUCUUCCAUGGCCUCUUCGUCCGGUCGCUCGUCACCUGACCAGCCAUCACAACAACAAUCAACAUCACAGGCGCAACGAAGCAACUCGUUCCUCCUUCCUCAAUUUUUCUGGUCUUCAUCCUCAAGUAAAGGCCACACUUCAGACAACACCGCACAUCCCCUCACAACCGCUUUGCUCUCACAGCCUCCUCGUCGCACAAGCUUCGGCGCUGGCUUCACCAACAGCGGUCGUUUCUCCGCACUAAGUGCAUUCGGCUUCAUGUCCCCCUCCACAGGAUUGAGCAGCUCGCCUCCUCUCGGCUCGUUCGUAGGUGCAGCUGAGCUCUCAAAACGAACAGGAAGCGCUAUCGACUUGCCAUCAUCCGAGGGCCCCUCCAAGGAACCUGAACAACCUGGGAGCCACAGCACAAGCGCCACCACUCCAGCUGCAACACCUGCUCCUCCUGCGAAACGACACCUUUGCUUCCCAGAUGCCCAUGGUGGCACUAUGUGUUUAGAGAUCAAAGAUCGCAAUCGGCGCGGCUCUUCCGUCAACUAG